AAGUAUUCGCCAUCUUUGAUAAACAGUUGCUGGUGGCGCUUAGUAACACGCUAGCGCCUUUCGUUCUAUGGAAAGCACUUGCGAUUUUUUAAACUUCUAAUCACAUACCACUUUAUUUUUCCAGUUAGUAGAUUCCAGUGAUAAUGGGUAAAAGAUGCAUUUGUGAGAUCUGUACUUGUGGACGUCACCACUGUCCACAUCGUCCAUGGCGCCCUGGAGGAGAUUAUGGGGAGUGUCUGGUGACCUCCUACAACACAGCCUACAAGCCACACCCAUUACAACCCAGGGAGAGCUGUAAGCCAGACAAUUCAGCUUUAAGAAGUGAAGAGCCACUUUCAGACAAGACAACGUUUAGAACGGAUUACAUCAAGCACCCACUGGAUAAACCAUUUAUCCACCAACAUGAACCAUACAAGAGGCCAGCAGGGGAAAUUGAUACCUUGACAUCUUACCAUAGAGAUUACACAGAAAAGCAUGCGCCACCAGCCCAAAUGAUCAAACAUGAUGGCCAGAGACAACUCCCCGCCAGGUUUGAAGGAGAGCCUACAUACAAGAUUGACUACCGCAAGUGGCCCAUAGAGAGACAUCAAGCUAAAGCCCCAGAUGGCUGGGUCCCUCCAUCACAACCAUUUGAGGGCCAAAGUACUUUCACGCGCGACUUCAAAAAGUACAAUGAGCUGCCCCGCAAGAGCAUGAGGCCGGCCGAGGGCCACCAUAUGUCGGAUGCACCUUUUGAUGGCAACACAGGCUACCGUGAUGAUUACAUUCGCCACCCCCUGCAGCCCCGUGAUGUCAGAGAAAAGGAUCUGUACAAGGCGCCCAAUGCUCCGUUUGAUGGGAUGACCACGUUUAACAGAGAUUACACCAAGAAGAACGCUCCCAAAACUGAAUCCUGCAAGCCAUCAUCUGAAGCCUUCCAGUCCGACGCCCCGCUGGACGACCUGACCACUUUUAAGAAUGAUUACAGGAGAUGGAAUGGAGAGAGGCCCUACGUGCAUCACCAGGACCAGUACAAGAAGCCUGAGGGGGAGAUGGACCACAACACCACCCACCGUCUGCAGUACAAGCCCCACCCAGUCCAGAAGGUGGCCAUUAUGAAGCCAGGGGAGGGACGGGUCAUGAUCCCAGGGGAGUUUAACGGGCUGACCAACUACAAGAGUGAUUACAAACCCUGGGGGAUACAGCGAGAGCAGCCUAAAGCAAGGGAUGGCUGGGUCCCCAACAACAUUCCCUUUGAUGGCACUCCAACCUACAAGGCACACUACAUCCCUCAUUCCAUCGCUCCGACAAAGAGCAUGAAGCCAGAUGCCUCAGCUUUGACCAGCGAUGCACCCUUUGAUGACACCACAAUGUACAGAACCGAGUAUGUCAGGAAGCAGGCCGAUAUUUGUCCAGCAGCCAUCAUUGAUACCAACAGCUCACGCUACACCUAUGUGGAGACAGAUAGCCGAGGACACAAGCAGUACAUGCCUGUCUUUGAGCAGACCAGCUCGCUCCAUCACUCCAGCUCUGGUAUACCCAAAAUUCCAGCAGCUAUGGUCGCUGCUUGAGUGAACACGAGUCUAGCCAAGAUUUUCUUUUACUUUUACAUUUAUUAUUUCAAUUGUAGAUUAGAUUCUAGACAGAUAUUCUAAAAGAUAAAAACAAAAUUCAAUUUUAAUUAUUACUUUUGAAAUUAAUGGUAAAAUCUAUUCAAUAUUAUGCAAUUGUUAAUGUUUUUAUAACUAGAGCCUACAUUAAUUUUGUCAUGCUAGAUUACGUGACUUAAUAUUAUGUAUUGUUUUGCAUUAACUUGGUAAAACAUAGAAAACUAUAGACAAGACAAAAAAAGUAUCAUUUUUUACCAUCCAGCUUUUGUUUGAACUAGCUAUUGGAUUAGAAUGUAUAACAUCAUAGAUCUUUUAACCCCAAAACUGUUUUCAUUCAUAUACACCAUCUCUCUGUCCUUUUGGAGAAUUUCUAUUUUAUAUUUAUAUUAUUUUGGUUGCUUUGACUUCAAUGUUGGAACAAAUGUGAUUCACUACUACUAGGCUCUGUUCUGUGUAAGCUUUAAUUGAGGGGUGGGGCGGUCACCUCAAGGGUGAUCUGCAAUUUGUAACUCAGGUGGGGCCAACAUUUAUCUUUGCUAAUGAAGUUGUAGGUGGGGCCAACAUUUAUGUUUACUAAUGAAAUUGUUUUAUGGAAAUCUAUGUAGCCCAGGCGGUGUUAAUCAACCUACUAAUUCUAAUUGUUUAAUGUGCGUACAUGCAUCCGAGUUUGUUUGUUAAUGAAGACUGUGAUGAUGAUGCAGCCAUUCCCAGUGUGAUAAACCACCUGCACAUGUUAAUGGACACAGCCUGCAUCUGCUGCCGAUCAUUUUUUCUCUAGUGCUUUGUAUUUAACUCUGAUCAGAUAUCUUGCAAUAUAUAAUCCCUAGAAAUAUUGUUCUAAUAAAACCUACCUAUACAAUUUGGUUAUGUAUAAUUGAACUGUCAACGCAAACAAGACUUGAAAUACGAGUCAGUAUAAUGUUCAAAUAUAAAGUUGUAUAUAAAAAUAAAACUUGUGUGAAGGU